UGUAUAAAUAGACCUGUUUGCUCUGGGGUCAGGACGUGGUUUUUUGUGGAGCCCCCCACUGUGAACACUAGACCGCCUCGCCUUUCUUUGGGGCCUGGUCAGCUAAAUCCCAACCAGACACGAUAGCAUGGAUCUGAAUAAUCCCAACCUACUGGGACCAUGGAAGAUCACAGUUUAUGACCAGGAAAACUUCCAGGGGAAGCGGGUGGAGUUUACCUCCUCCUGUCACAAUAUUAUGGAGUCCAGCAUGGACAACAUUCGCUCCCUGAAGGUGGAAUGUGGAGCUUGGACAGGAUAUGAGCACUCCAGCUUCUGUGGACAGCAAUUUGUGUUAGAGAGAGGCGAAUAUCCGCACUGGGAAUCUUGGAGCGGCAGCAACGCCUACCACACCGAGAGGAUGAUGUCCUUCCGCCCCAUCUGCUCUGCUAACCACAAGGGUUCUAAGAUGGUGGUGUAUGAGAAAGAGAACUUCAUGGGACGCCAGUGGGAGAUAAGCGACGACUACCCGUCACUGCAGGCUAUGGGCUGGGGAACCAAUGAGAUUGGAUCCAUGCACGUUCAGAGCGGGGCGUGGGUGUGCUACCAGUUCCCUGGUUAUCGUGGUUACCAGUACAUCAUGGAGUGUGAUCGGCAUGGCGGCGAGUACAAACAUUACAGAGAAUGGGGCUCCCAUGCUCAGUCAUUUCAGGUGCAGUCGCUGCGUCGCAUCCAGCAAUGAGACCUCCUCUUCUUUAAAAGUCUUCCUCCUCCUUCUUCUCCUCCCUCCUUUAUAAUCAUUCCAGCACUUCCCCGGUGCUUCUCUUCCAAGAUGUCUACUACUGAUUUGUUGUGUUGCGAGAUGGAAAUGAAAAGACAGGAUUGAAUGGAACUGGAGUGUGAGAGAGAAAGAGAGCAGCAGUGGAGAAAAACUGGUGACCCACUGAGAGCGAUAAAUGAAAGUGUCUUGAGAUGUUUGUCAAGUUAUGAGGGCAAGAAAAUGGACAACUCCAAAUAAAGAAUAUAACUUCA